AUGGUGAAGGCCAAACUGACUUCGGAGGAUGAUCUGCAGUCCGAUGGAUGGAUUCCUGUCUCUUUACUCUGCCCCCUCACUCUCACGCGUAUCGAAAUUCCUGUGCGCUCAGUGAGCUGUGACCAUCUGCAGUGCUUUGACCUCUCUUCCUAUCUGACAAUUAACAAGAAGCGUCCUCGGUGGUCCUGUCCUGUCUGCAGUUCGCCAGCCCCAUUCCGCGAUCUGCGACGCGAUGAUUUAUUCGUCCAAUUGAUUGCCGAUCAGAGUCUCAGGGAUACCGAAAUGAUACACGUAGAUGUCAAUGGGCAGUGGCGAGAAGUCUCGAAAUGCACAGAAGGUGAUGCCUCUGCUGUCAUAUCAGUCAAGGAGUCGAUGACUGCCACCCCUUCUAACAACCCGAAAAUUGCUGCUGUUCAGUCACCACUGAAUGAGACCUCUACAAUGUCGCCUUGUAUAUUGGAGUCAAAUUCCUCGUCUAGACCCGUGACGCCAGUAGAAUCUGAAGUUUCUCCAUUCAGUGACUGUGUCGUUCUCCUUGACGACGAUUAUGAUGACCAGGGGGGUGACGCGACGCAGCCGGACCUACCCACUGUUGCCCGUCCCACUGCAUCCCAUGGUUGCCGGGGUCAACCCCUUUCUGCUGUCGUCACUAAUGAACGCCUUUUUAUCGAUCUGGCUGCAAGCUCAGAUGAUGAAUUCACUGCGAUGGCAUCCGCUCCACCGCCUUCCAAUCUCAAACCGUCGACAGCAGCGUCGCCACCAACAGCUGCUUCCACCUCAACAUACCUUCCAGCAGUGGUUCCCCCUUGUAGCCUCGCGUGCCUC